AUGGACAGAGACCUGGCCCAAAUGUUCACCUUAAGAGUCAUCGCAGACCCAAGCGAUCCGAACGAUUUCGCGAGCAGGGAUUACAGAAACUACUUGUUCAUAACCGCAACCUCCAUCUUCCACGAGAUCGACGAUAGGCCUUACGUGGUUGGACACGAGAAAAGACCGAAGGCGAGUCUGGCAGCAAACCUGGAACAAAUGGUUUUCGGCGGUGUCGUGUACCUUUACCGCGACCGGGAUCCUGCCACUGAAACUGCCGUUGAUGCAUGUGGCACACCUUACCUGGCUGACGCGGAUGGCGUGUAUCGAAUCUUGCCGGAAACCAUCAGCAAGACUGUCAAAGGCGACUUUGAGUUUCCCUAUCGACAUGAAGGCAUUGCAGAGGAGCCCACCCUACUGAUGGCAAUGGACAACUUGCCUGACGAUGUCAUCACGGACCCAAUCGACCAUCCCAUGUGGGGACAGCCACUAGGACCUCCUCCUGCCCGCCCCUAG